CUCUCCCGCCGGUGGUUGUCCGCUCAUCUGUCUAUCCCUUCCUCCCCCUCCCUCUCCCUCGCAGCCCUCCCUCUUCCACAUCCCCCUCCCUCUUCCACAUCCCCCCCCCCUUCUCCUUGCUGUCUCCCCUCCUCCCCCUGGCCUUCUCGCUCGGCGAGGUGCCCGCCCCCUGCCCUGCCCUGGCGAUCCCCAGGGAGGCUCCCAUCCCAUGAUGGACUCACUGCCGGUGCCCCCGGUCCAGGUGCUGGCCAUGUCCUCCCUGCCGGAUGUCGGGGGUGCCUUUGCGCCCAUCACCACACACGAUGCCGCCUACUGGGCGCCGGACAGCGAGUAUCGCGCCUUUGCGGCCGGGCUCCAGAAAACCCUGGCGGCAUUUGACACGGCACGCGAGUGGGCCGAUCUGUCGGCCUUCGUCCGGCGCCUGAGCCGGCUGCUGCGUGCCUUCCAGCAAUCGGUCGCCGCUCGCGGCUGCACCAUGGCCGGGGAUCUCCUGCCCGCGGCCGGGGAUCUGCUGCUGGUGCUGGACCCGGCGCGUCGCCAUUCGACCCAUGCCCUCCUCAGUGAGGAGAGCGAUCUGGGCCUGGACCUGGACCCGGGCUCCGGAGCCCCCGCCGGCUGGCUGUCCCUCCGGCCACCGGGGGCGGCGGCGCCCGGCGGCGGGGCUUCCUCCGCCCCGACUGCCUCCUCCUCUUCCAGCGGCGAGGGGGCCCUGCCCUCGGUGGCCAACGGCGGGGUGGAUUCAACCCGGCCGGCAUACCCUGGCGCGCCGGUCCCGGACCCGGUGGGCCUGGCCCGACGCCUAGCCCAGUGUCUGCACCCGGCCCUGCCGAGUGGCGUUCAUCUCGAGGCUUUGGCCGCUUACCAGAGCCUCUUCAGCCUCAUUGGCCCCAUUCGUCUGGCGCGCGACCUCGAUGUCUGUCUGUCCGGCUUGUUGGUGACCACGUUGACGGCCGGCGCGCCGCAGCCCGGCGCCGGGGCCCCCUCAUCCGGGGCCCCGGCCGGAGCGCGCUUCCUCCCCUCGGUCCGCGAGUUGGCCGGGCUGGUGCCGCGGGAUCGGCUCACCUCGGCCCUGCCAGGCACAUUGCUGGCCGGCGUGGGCCAGGUCCUUGGCCGCCAUAGCGAUCCGCACCUGCAGCAGGCCGGCAGCCCGGCCUACGGCGGCGGCGGGGGGUAUGGCGGCGUGGCGGCCCACAUUCGGCCGCAGUUGGUGCGGAUCUUGGGCUCGGCCGUGCGUGCAAGUCGAUCGGUCUACCUGCGCACCCGGCUCCCCGCGAAUGCCGGGCCAAUGGCGACGACUUCCCCCACGGCGGAGGCCCCCUCCGACACGUCUGGCGGCCUGGUGCUGGUGCCGAUCGGGGCGGCGGCGCUGCAGGCUGCCUCGGUCGCCCUGACCCUGGCCCUGUUGCCGGGGCUUCUGGAAGACGACCUCGUUGGCGAAGACGCGGCCGGAGCGCCGGCUGCCGCGGCAACCGCCGGGCCGGCGACCGGCUCCUCCUCGACGGCUGCCACCCUGCUGGCCGACUCGCCGACCCUCUCGGCCCUGGCCAGCUCCGACUCCCCACCUCUCGGGGCCUCGACCAGCAUGCAUCACCAUCCGGCCCCAGGGGCCGGGGAUGCACCGGCCCCCGCCUCGCUCGGGGACCUGUCCUCAGGGAUCCUGCUGUCGCUUGUGGCCGCGCAGGCCGAGGUCGAGGCGCACUUUUCUUCGCCGGACACCGGGGGCGCCGGCCUGGCGGAGCAAGAUCGCCAGCUGGAUCUCCUGGUUCGGUCGGUCAGUCGGGCCAUUGUUGAUAUUGGCCCGGGCCCGGCGUCCGGGCUGCCCCUCGGGCCGCGGCUGCUGCCUGCCGUACAUGACACCCAUGCGCCCGGGCCGGCUGGCGGCCUGUGUGGCUGUCUGCCAGCCGGGGCGGCCUGGGUGGCUGCGCCACAUGGAGCGGGCCCGGGAUCGGGUGGAGCCGGUGCCGGCGCCCUCCGCCUUGCCGGGCUGACCUUCCUGAGGGAGCAAUUGCCCGAGGCCACCAAGCCACUUCCGAUGUCUGAACCUGCCCGAGGUGCCCUGUUAACCGCCGUCAAGACUGCCCUCCUGGGGUCGGUGCCCCACUCGGCCAUCGGCUUCACGUGCUAUGUUCUGCCGCCGGCGGCCGCCGGGCAGGUGCACGCGCAUCUUCGCGCUGCGGCCCGGCCGCCGGCCGAUUUGGCGUCCAUGCUGAGCUUGACCGAGUGGCCGAGCUUGGCGGCCGCCCCGCGCGGGUCUGUCCACGGGUACCGCAAUCCGGAUGUCGGCCCGGCCGGGCGUCUGAAGGCUCCGCCCCCGGUGAUGUCUCGCCCGGUCGGGGACGAUGCGUCUCUCGUCACCCGCGCCGCAUUGGACCUCAUGUGUGACAAGCUGCCGUGGGACUGCCACGGUCAGGGUCCCGAGAGAGCCGAGACGGGGUGGCUGGAGCUGGCUGCCUGCGCGGUGGCCGGCGUCCUGUAUGAGUGCUUUGCCCUUUUCAACAGCGCGGUCCUGUGCUGCUUCCAGCCAGCCCGGUCCCUGGACAAGGGCCAAGCCUUUCGCUGGGACGAUCGCCCCCCGGCGGACUUCACCCUGUGGCGUGUGGUCACCGGGCGCGGCGACCCCAGCCCCGGUGGCCCGGGGCAACUCACCCCUGGCGACCCGCUAUUCGAUCGGCCCGUGUCGGCCGAGUGCAUCCGCGGGGCUGCCAUCUGUUGGGAAGUAGGCGCCUCCCCGGCUGUCACCCUUCCUCCCGAUAGUUUGGCCCUCUUCCGGCGGCUAUUCACCUGGCUGGACUCCUGUGCACACUGUGCCGCCGGGCCGGGGGCCGAGCAUCGAUCCCCCCCGGGCCCCUGUGGUGGCCAGCUGGUGGCCUUGCUUCUGCGGCGCCUCGCCUCGCCCGCGGCUCGGGCUCGUCUCGCCCUGUUGCUGUCCUUCCUUCCCUCCUUGGCGCCGCAGCAGCUGCAGCGCCAGCAGCAGCAGCUGCAGCAGCAGCAGCAGCCGGACUCCCCGGUCCAAGAAGCGGCCCUCGCUUCGGGGUCCGCCGUUGAGUCGCCCUUCGAGAAGUCCGUUCAGCGGGUGUGCCUCUCGGCCCUGGUGGCUGAGGCCCCGGCGCUCACACGCAGCCUCCGUGUUCACUGUACACCGGCCGAUCCGACCGCACUGAGCUAUUCCUGGGAGCUGAUGCAUGGUCGUCUGGCCCUUGGCGGCAUGCUCACCCGGCUGGCCUUGCAUGUUGGCUGGCCCGCGGCGCUGGGAUUGCCUCCGCUGGCCCCUGGUCCCGAGGGGCUGGAGCAGCUUCGCCAGACCUGUCUAGAUUUGCUCUUCUUGGCGGACAUUCUCGCACCGCACGGUGCCACCGGACGCGACGACCAGAAUUUCCUCCUGACCCUGUUGGACUUCGUGGCUGGUGUCUUGGCCAUGCUGGCCGAGAGUACCGACCUCAGUCCUGAAGGAUUGGACUUGCUCAGGCUGCUGGGGUUCCUGGCCCGGCGAGGUGUGGAAGCCGCUGUCCCGGCGCCGCCCGGGGGUCAGUCUGGCCUUCCAGGUCGUGAUCCACUGCCGGCGUCUUUGGCCCGGCGGCUGGUGCUCGCCACCGGACACCUGCUUGGCCGGCAUGCGGAUCUGGCCACCAAGAGGGGCUUUUGCGCGAGUAUGAUGAAUUUCCUGCUGGCGGCCGUGCGCAUGUCCACGGUCCCAAGCUCCUCCGGCGGUUGUGCCUUCUGCCAUGUGGGCGGGUCGGCCGAGCGAUGCCUGCUGGCUGUGAUGUUGGAUUUCCUCCAGGCACCCGGCACUUGGGAGAGCCCCGGCAACCCGCUUGACACGGAGCAUGGGGCCGACCCGCGGCUUUUGCUGCGCUUGUGGAUCUUGCGCUUUGUGGCCACUCGGCAGCCGGCCUGCUCGGUGGCCAUCGGUGAUAUGCCGGCCACGGUGCUAUCGGAGAAUCUGGUCCGAGCCCUGGUCCGAACGUGUUGGCCUCUAUUUGGAGCGGGUGGCGAGGCCGCCCAGGUGGAGCUGAUGGCCGGCGAGGUGGUUGCAUCGCUGCAGUUGGUUGACACUCACCGGGCCCUGGUCGGACUGGACCAGCCGGCGGCCGGGGGCCUCCUUGCCUCGGCCUUGGACCGGGAGCUGAUCGACCUCUUCUCGAUGGAGGCCGCAUGCUCGGGACCUGGGGGGCAUUUUGUCUCGCUGGCCCACCUGCGGCUGUGUCGGUUCCUGGAUUUCCUGGCGCCAGAUCGCACAAGCCACGCGGACAGCCUGGCCUUGCCGAUGCCGGCGCAGUGUCUCUUCCUGCUGGCUGGCACCGCUCGCGGGUGUCCGUGCGUGUGCUGCCCGCCGGGCCCGGCUGGCGGGGACGGCCCCCCGGCCGCGGAUCCCCGACACUUCUCCGAGCGGCAGAUCUGUGCCGAUACGCUGGACCGCUUCCUGUUCGGGCAGCUCACCCACCCGGCGGCCCUGCUUCAACACAGCGUGAUGGGGACCAUCUGUGAGGUGCUACUUAGCUCGGCUCCCGGGCCCGGGGCUGGCCCUGGCGGCGGGCAAAUUGACACGGCUCGAGCGGCCUUCUCGCUGGACCUCCUGGGAUGGCUGCUUGCCUGCGACCGUCGAGGCCGAGGAACUGUGGCACAACUACGCGCUGGGGUUCCCUCCGAGCAUGGGUCCUCCCUCGGCCCGGACGCGGUACUCUUCGACCAGGUGGUGGAGUGUCUCUGGCGUCUCACCUUUUUCCUCUCCCCGACGCCUGGGGCGGAGGAUGCGGCGCACUCAGAUGGCGGAGAGGCGCCGCGCAUCCCGGCCGGUGUACAGCUGGCUGCCAGUGAGGCUCUCCGGCGCCUGCUGGCCUUGACUUCCGGCCGUAGCCCUCAUGGUACCUCCGGCUCCCGGGCUUCCAGCGUGCCGGCCACCAGCCGUCGUCUGUUGGCCGUGCGCUCGCUCAAGGCCCUGGCAUCGUCGUUUGCCGUGUCGCAAGCGGCCGUCACCCAGGGGGCCGGGCCCGGUGGCGCCGAGGAUGACCGGCUUCUUGCGUCGCACCUGGUGCUGCACCUGCAACUGGUGGACUUGCUUCCGGCGCGGGCGCCCGGCAAGUUGCAUGGCCGCUUGCCGGGCCCGGUGACCGACACCGGGUCCACCCUGCCACUGUGGUACUUCCUGUCCGUGUGUUCGGUGGUGCGCCGGGUACUGACCGGCCCGGGGGCGGCCUUCUUCGCGGCCGUGCGCGCCGGGGAAGCCCCCUGCCCGGCGCUGCUCAGCCGGUGCCUGCUUCAGCGGGCCCUCUGGAGCGCCUUGCUACUGCUCAUCGAGGGGCGCCUGGUGGCAGCACACCAAAUGAGCCUGACCCAUAUUGCCCCAGUGGAGGUGACCCUCGGGGCCGAUGUCCAGGGGUUGUUGGAUCUCCUGCGGGCAUGCUCCCUGUCUGGGGGCGAUGUCAGUGGUCCCGGGCUGGUUUUGGUCCUGGCAGUGCGGACCAUGUCAUUGCUGCAUCGGAUCGGCGGCCAGCUGCAUGGGCCGGCCCGGCGGUCGGGCGGCUCGCCCGGCACCGGAGGCCCGCUGGACCUGGCCGGCCGGGGCUCCCCCUUUGACGCCAUCAUCGCCCUGGCCUGGGCCGACCGGGUGGGCCGGUUGUCGGACCAUGUGUCCGACGCGGGGGACUUCCUCGGGGGCCUGUGCACGCUUUUGGAGGGUGCCUUCGCCGGGCGCCCGGCCCCUCCUCGGACUUUGGACCCUGGCCGGCAGGCGGUCUUCUCCCAGCACCUGGGCCUCAUCCUGGACUUGGUUCCCUUCUUCAUGUUGUCGAUCCCGGCGCAACAGGCCCCGGCCCGGCGACGCGUGCUCUUCACCCUCGCCGGGCUGCUGGCGGUGGAUGGGCAGUUGCUACUCCGGUCUUUGACAUUGAACAUGCGUGCGCGGCUCCUGGUGGCCGCCCUCCGGCCCCCGGUGGAGCAGGCUGCUCGGCUGCCGGAGGAUUUCAUUUGCGACCCGGCCACCCGGGCGCACAGUUGGAUUCUCUGCUGGCUGACGAGCAUGGCCCCAGUGACCGAUGGUCGGCCGCAUGCAUGUGGCCGGGCCCUUGGGUUUGGGUCUCUCUUUGGUCCGCUGGUCGAGGGUGUGGGCACGCUGCUGCUCCUCCUCCGGCAGAGUCUUCUCCUGCCGGUGGGCUCGGCCGGCCCGGCCGAGCCACGGUCGGAUGCCCUGGCCGGAUCUCCGGGCUCGGAUCGGGGCCUGACCACCUCGGGCCCGGUGCCAGCCUCGGCCGGCGUGGCCGACGCCCUGGGCGACAAGCCCGAUGCCCCGGGGCCCGGCUGGGAUGAGGCUCUGGCUACCGAGAUCAUCAGUGCCCUGGUGGCCCUGUGCAGUCAUCUGUCCUCGUUGGCGGUGUUGGCCCGGGGCCAUCCCCUGCGCCAGGCCUUCCCCGGGUACAGUCUGCCGCUGGAAUACCUGGCCCGGCCACUGGAGGCCGCCCCGGUGGAAGUGGCGAUGCUGCUUCGGGAGCCGGGUCGUCUGCGUGGCCGCGGCGGGAUGGCCACCAGUGGUCUCGGCCCCUUCGGCCGGCUGGGGCCCGAUACCUCGGGCCUGGGGGCCUUGCUCCUUGUGGUGCAGACUUUGAGCAUGGACCUGGCCGAGGCGGCACAGCGGCCGGUGGACACGGCGAUCUUGCGCCGACGCCGGAAUCCGAGCACUGCCGCCGGGGCACUCGCCACCGGGCCGGCUGCCAUUGAGGCCCUGUGUCUGGAGGCCGGGCAGUUGGACCAUCGGCCGCGUUUGGCCCUGGCCUGCUGGCUGUCCUUCCUCUCGGGUGUCCAUCGGCUGGCGCGUGAGUGGGAUGCGGCGGUGCCGGUGGAGCUGGCACUCUUCGCCGCGGCCGGCACACUGCCUCCGGGGCCCGAUGGAUCCCGCCGACCGGGCGAGCCCAUCGCCGGCGCUCGGCCACUGUCGCAACUGGACGCCUGGCGCGGUGCCCGAGGCGGCGGCCGCUGUCCGGAUGGUACGUGCCUUCCCGCCGGCGCCGGGCCCCUCGGGGCAAAUCGACCAGGCCCGGCGUCCGGCUGGCCGGCGGAUGAUCUGCCAUCCGACGUGUGCGGUGCCGCCGGGCUGAAUCAAGGAGCCGACUCGGGCGCCUCUGGCGAUGAUGACCCCGCCGGGGUUGCGACGCCGGGCGCCGAUGCCGCCGAUACCCCGGCCGGCCCUGCUGGCAUCCCGUCCAGCAGUGCCGGCGCUCCAGCAUCCAUGGAGAAGGGCCUGCCUGGUGCAGGCGCCGGUGCCGGUGCUGGUGUUGGUGCCGGCUCCGGCCGGCGCUUGGCCACCCUCAUCUCAGACCCCUAUCAGGCCUGCCUGGAGGCCCUGGUGACGUUGGCUUGCCGACGGAAUGACCGCGUUAGCUGGCUCCGCCGGCGUCUUUUCCCCAGCUCGGCCAAUUUACACGGCCUGGCAGCUGGCGAGGGGGAGCCUGCCUUGGCAGGUCCGACGGCCGGGGUCCCCUCUCGGCCGCCCUCGCCGGUGCCCGAUGGGCCGCACCUUGAGGGUGAUCCCCAUCGGCCGGCCAUUGGCCACUCGACCCUCAGUCCCGAGCAGCUGGCCGAGGCAACCUUCUUCUUCGGGGCGCACGGCGUGGCCGUGGCCUCGCGCUGUGCGGUCGAACGCGAGGGCGCCAUCCAGACGGCGGUAUGUGGCCUCGGGUGGGAUUUCGGCACUUGCGCGCGUGGGCCCUGCCUUUGGCCUCUUACUGACUCUCCUCCGGCUAUGGUGCUGCUUUCCGGUCACCGGCCUGCCACCCCCUCGCCACCCCCGGCCUCCGGCAUGGCCUCGGCCCGGUGCAGAUCCUCUUCUGCCUGGCCAACGAGCUGCCGGCCAUCUCGCGCUUGGUGUUGGACGACCCGUCCAAGGUGGCCGACUUGACGGCGGACCUGGUGCAAAAUUGCAUCCUUCCUGGCUACCUACGGGCGGUGUGGCAUGAAGGCGGCGACCAUGGGCCGAACCAGGGGUUCGCCGGGGCCGAGCCCACCGGACCCGAGUCCGCCGGACCCGGCGGCCUGCUGGGCGUUCCUCGGCGAAUGACCGCCGCGCAUCGGUCCCUGGCGCUGCGCUACCGCAGCGCCCCGGCGCUGCAGCUCGCCUCGCCCCAUGGCCAUGCAGUGGUUUCCCUGCUGUCAUCCAUCAGCCGGGUGUCUUACCUGUCGCAGGUCUGGAGCCGAGAGGUGUGGGACUUCUUCCGGUCGAGGCACUUCUUCCUGAGUGUGCCCUUCUCGCCGAUGGCCGACAUGCCGGGCAGCGACGCGGCGGAUUCCGUGGCACGGCUCUCACUGCCGGCCUGGAAGCGCAUCGUCCCGCUGGCCUCGGUGAUGGCCCACCCGACCGGGCGCUGGUGGGAGGCCCUCAGCCCGUUCCACCAUCCGACAGGCCUGAGCCCGGAGCCGGCUGACGAGACGGCCUUCUGGAAUCGCAUUGUCUUCUUGCUGGACUCGGCCGGCGCCGACGCGGCAUACUUGUCCGGGUCUGGCGAGCUCCUGGAGGAGGUCUUCCACGCGGCGGCCGCCCAUGGGGCCAAGACUCGCCCGAAUGGCGGCGGGGCCAGCGCCACCUGCCAGUGGCUGUUCAGCCUGGGCGAGCCGCUCCCGGGCUUGUGCAGCCCGCACCUGCCCGCCGCCGUGGGGUCCCUCCAUGCGGCCUUGCCCAUCCUGCAGGAGAAGCUCGUUACCCGCAUUCGCCGCGUGGGCUUGCUAGACAGCCAGGGGUUGAUUGCCCCGGCCGGUGCUCCGCUCGGGUCGGUGCUUCCUCUGCGCCCUGGUCUUGGAACACAUGCUGGUGGUGAUGCCAGCCCUCCCUGUCCCGAGGGGGAGGCAUCGGCAACCAUCCCCACAAGUCACCUCCUGGCUCGGCUGCCGGUGAUCGACACUGUGGCUUGGCUGGAAGCGCCGCUGGCGCCGGCCGAGCGCGCUGGCCGGGAUCUCUUCCUCAUUUGCCGGGCGCUUGUUCAGGCAUUCCCGGCUGACCGGCAGCUGGCUGUCCUCUGGCCGACGGUGUUCUCGCAGCUGGUUCACUUCCUGUCAUUGCCAGAGCCCCUGGCAUCUGGAGGGGGCAUCCCGCAGGUGAUCGUGGCCGCGGCCGUGCUAGUUCUGCGAGCCGGUACCCAGCGGGUGGCCGAUCGCGAGCACGGCGGUGCGGUUCUCUUCCAGCUUCUGAACCACCAUACCUUCAUCCGGGAGGUACCCUGGCCUGCCGGGCUGGCCCAGAUCCCGCCUGGAGUUGGCCUGGCCCCCGGGGCCGAAGUUGGCGCGGGGUUGCUGCUGCGCUGGCUGCGCGCGGCUCUGCGCCCAGGCGGGGCUCCAUAGACCGUGGAUCCAUUUUUCCCCACUCCCUUUCUCUGCUUCCGGCCUGCUUGUACAUCGGCGCGCUCCCGUGCAAACACGCACACACAUGCACACAGGCACACAUGUCUCUAUAUACCUUCCCCCCCCCUCCC